GAUCUCGCACUGAAGAAGGUCCUCCCUACCGAAGUGGUAGAUCCUAUUUUCAUAACUAAAUUCCUCCCUGAAUUCACUUCUUUGAUGGUCGAAGACUGCAUCAGAGCGGAACUUAUGCGUACGAACAGUGAUCUUGGAGAAGAAUUCGUUGUUAGCAACUACCUCUCCAAACCGUCCGACCGGUUAAUUACAUUUUUGAAGGCCAGUCGCCUUGCUUCACUGCUGUGGUAUCAUUGUUGCAUUGAUAUGCUUCCCAGCAAAAAACGAAUUGGCGAUAUACGUGGAUUUGCACGAUAUGCCGAAUGUCUGCCUUUUUUGAGGGAUAAUAUUGCAUCCACUGGUGUUUGGUGCCACCUACUCUUCCAAAGACUCAUUUAUUCGAAUCAGUACGAAGCUGCUUUGGUGGAUUCUGCAAUAUACACUGCAAUCAUAGAGCAAGUGCUGCUCAAGAACUUGGAUGUUGGGGUAGGUGGUAUCGUGAUUUUCCUUACAGACUGA